AUGAGCACCUUGGAAGCAGAGGACCUAAAAGCCAAAGGAAAUUCCUGCUUUCAAGCCGCCAAGUAUCAACCUGCAGUGGACUUCUACACACAGGCCAUUGAACUCGCGAAGACGCCCACGCUCCUUUGCAAUCGCGCAUUUGCCUAUAUAAAGCUUGAACUCCCCGGUGCCGCCCUAUCAGACGCCGAUGAGGCCAUUCUGCUUGAGCCUGGCUUCCCGAAAGCGCACUACCGCAAAGCCUCCGCGCAUCUUUUCCUGGGGAAAUACAAAGAUGCCCUGAAGGAUUUAACCUUACUUCUGAAGUUGGUACCUACCGAUAAGGAUGCAAAGACGAAGUAUGAUUUAUGUGAGAAGGAGAUCAAACGGAUUAAGUUUGAAAACGCGAUUAAAUCGAAAGAAGCGCUGCCGAUUUCGUGCACAAUUAAGAUGGGUGAGAUUCCAGAAAGCUACAAGGGGCCUCGAAUUGUGCAGGAUACCAUUACGACCGAGUUCGUGGAGGCAGCGAAGGAGUAUUUUAGAGAGCAGAAUGUUAUUCACCGCCGUGAUGUCAUUUUUAUUCUCUUGGAGGUGCUUAAUUUCUUUAAAACACAGCCUAACGUUGUUUCGAUUAGCGUGCCGCAUGGGGAAGAAAUUACCGUCUGUGGGGAUACACACGGGCAGUUCUAUGAUUUACUUAACAUAUUCAAGAUCAACGGCAAUCCUUCGCUCACAAAUCGAUAUCUGUUUAACGGUGAUUUCGUUGACCGCGGUUCGUACUCGGUCGAGAAUGUCUUGACGUUGCUUAUUUAUAAACUGCUCUACCCGGAGCACGUUUAUCUCGCCCGUGGUAACCACGAAGGGAUCGCGAUGAAUCGCGUCUAUGGUUUUGAGGGAGAGGUCCGCUCAAAGUACUCGCCGGAUGUUUUUGAUUUGUUUACCGAGAUCUUCAACGCUCUCCCGAUUGCGCACGUGAUUAAUAACGAGGUUUUCGUUGUCCAUGGGGGCCUGUACUCCGACGAUAACGUGACCAUUUCAGAUUUGCAGAAACCAAACCGUUUUCGCGAUAUCCCGGAAAGCGGAUUGUUGUGUGAAAGUCUUUGGGCCGAUCCCCAGCCGAUGCCUGGGCGGUCGCCGAGCAAACGCGGGAUCGAUUGCCCCUCCUUCGGGCCGGACGUUACGAAGAAAUUCCUCGAGAAUAAUAAUUUUAAGUUCCUCGUGCGCUCGCAUGAAGUGAAGGAUGAUGGCUAUGUUGUAGAACAUAAUGGAAAGUGUAUUACAGUGUUUAGCGCGCCUAAUUACUGCGAUCAGAUCGGGAAUAAAGGCGCUUAUGUGCGGUUCAAGGCAGGUGAGAUGGAGCCAAAGUUUACGACCUUCACGCAUGUUAAGCAUCCUGGAGUGCGCCCGAUGCGUUAUUCAUCCGGAUUAGGGAUUUUUUGA